AUGGGCUCACCUAAUACACAAGAUAAUCAAAAGGGCAGAAAAAGAAAAGCGGCAUCGGACUCAUCUAAUAAAAAAAAACAAUCAAGUCAAUUUUUAAUUGAUGGUAAAAGUCCUAUUGAACCUGACUCUAAACUAUUAGCAGUUGCAGCUUCAAUAGCACAUACAUCAAACGACAUACAACAUGGUCCUGGUAGACAUCGUUCACUAAAUGAAAAAGGUUUUGCCUUGGAACUCAUCGAUGAAAUCUACCCACCGUUAGUAUGCCCUAAUUGUUAUAAAACUAAUAACUUACGUACAGACGCGGAUCAACAUUUGAAAUCCGUUCAUAAAGGACAAAAAUUUUUUCGUUGCGUUUCACCUGAAUGUGAACAAGUUUAUUCUUCUAAACCAGGAUUAAAAUAUCAUAUUGAGCAUGUCCACCAAAUUACCUUAGUAAAUGAUAAUGGACGUUUAACCAAUAAGAAGGCGGAUCAACAAACAUCAAUACAAAAUAAAAAGAUGAAAAAGAAGUUAGAAUUAUCAGAAGAGCUUCAAAAGAAAUUAGACAGUAUUUAUUCCCCCAAAAUUUGCCCAUCUUGUAACGAAGAAUUUAAGAAAAAGACGCAUGUUAUUCAACAUUUAGUUGAUUAUCAUGCUGGAGAAGAGCCCUAUAAGUGUAUUGCAUCAGGUUGUAAACGUACAAAAGCUUAUGCUACUAGAGAAGGCUUAGUUUAUCAUUUAAUGAAUUAUCAUGAUGAAAAUCAUUAAUAAAAAAAAUAUUUUAUCGCGUACUAUAU